AUGGCAGCUGUGGAGUCAGUAGUGUUUCCCGCCACACUGUUGUUCUGGUCAUUGCUUAUUGCAGAAGCACAGAUUAUGACACGGCCUGCCUGUCAACCUUACUGUGGAGGCAUUGAGAUUCCAUAUCCCUUUGGAAUGAAAGCAGGAUGUUACCUAGAAGAAAGUUUCAAACUACGCUGCAACUCUACUAGUGCAGCUCCCAUACUUACUGUAAACGGCAUUGAUCUGCAGGUGAGACGUAUUUGGGUUGACGACAGCACUAUUGAGGUAGACUUUCCAAUUGUCUUCGCAAAUUGUGGCGGCAAAGAAAGAAACACAGUUGUUGACUUGGAAGGAAGCCCUUUUGCUUUCUCCAAAUGGAAUUACUUCAUUGCAAGGGGUUGCGACAACCUGGCCUUAAUGAACCAGAAUCAAUCAACUAUUGGUGGGUGCAUAUCAAUUUGUGACAAGAAUAGUGAAAGCGCAAUGACUACCUGCACUGGCAUCAACUGUUGCCAGACCAAGAUUCCUUCAUAUCUCAAGGUUUUUAAUGUAACCUUGAAAGGUGUGGAUGAUGGGAAAGGAAAGAGGGAAGAUACUGAAUGCAGGUAUGCCUAUUUAGUUUAUCAAAUUUGGAUCAACGAAAGAGCGUAUGGUAUUGGUUACUACGGACAGAACGAGGCCCCUUAUUACAUGAGAGAUUGGGACUAUGUUCCUGUAGAGCUUGAUUGGGGGAUAGACAAAAGGGUAUUUGAAUCACUUGUCAAGAAUGGAUCAUUCGAUAAUUCAAGUUAUACUUCUCAUUGUGAAAUUCUGAAUCCUUCCAUCAAUUCAACCAACCAGAGCUCAACAGUUCAAUGUUCUUGCACAGCAGGCUUCGGAGGAAAUCCUUAUCUUGAUGGUGUUUGUCGAGAGGGUGCAUCACUCAGCUUUUACCGGCGGAAUAUCAAAGCUAAGAUGGCCGGCCUAGGUAUGUUGUUGCACUUUCACUCUAUACCAGUAAGAAUACUUGUUGCUAUGACCAAGACAUAA